AGUGACCGAGGAGCUCCUUUUCGAGCUUUUCCACCAGGCUGGGCCAGUAAUAAAGGUGAAAUUCCAAAAGAUAAGGAUGGUAAACCAAAGCAGUUUGCGUUUGUGAAUUUCAAACAUGAAGUAUCUGUUCCUUAUGCAAUGAAUCUACUUAAUGGAAUCAAACUUUACGGAAGGCCUAUCAAAAUUCAAUUUAGAUCAGGAAGUAGUCAUGCCUCGCAAGAUGUCAGUUUGCCAUAUCCCCAACAUCAUGUUGGAAAUUCAAGCCCUACCUCCACAUCUCCUAGCAGGUACGAAAGGACUAGGGAUAACAUGACUUCAUCAGCACAGAUAAUUCAGAGAUCUUUCUCUUCUCCAGAAAAUUUUCAGAGACAAGCAGUGAUGAACAGUGCUUUGAGACAAAUGUCAUAUGGUGGAAAAUUUGGUUCUUCACCUCUGGAUCAAUCAGGAUUCUCACCAUCAGUUCAAUCACACAGUCAUAGUUUUAAUCAGUCUUCAAGCUCCCAGUGGUGCCAAGGUACACCAUCAUCACAGCGUAAAGUCAGAAUGAAUUCUCAUCCCUACCUAGCAGAUAGACAUUAUAGCCGGGAACAGCGUUGCACUGAUCAUGGGUCUGACCAUCAUUACAGAGGAAAGAGAGAUGAUUUCUUCUAUGAAGAUAGGAAUCAUGAUGGCUGGAGCCAUGACUAUGAUAACAGAAGAGACAGUAGCAGAGAUGGAAAAUGGCGCUCAUCUCGACACUAACACAUGUUAAAAGGACAUUGUUUUUAUAGGGUCAUUUUAGGCCCUUUGACUAUGUUGAUAUGGAAAUAUUUUGUUGAAAAACUGUACAGAGCAGCUUUACAAGUUGUCACAUUUCUUUAUACAUU